AUGGACCUGUAUAAAGAAGCCAUGGAGGUAGAUUUUGAAGACACUCCUAACCCACAAGCUCCAGAUAUGCUGGACACAAUGUUACAAGACGUGAAACCUUUCAGAGCGUUCCAUUCAGUCUCCUGGCUUGCCCAAAGUAGCAACAAUAUGACCAACGCUGAACUCGGAUUGUCCCAGCUGAUUGGGGAAUCUCACGCUUUACUCAACCCAUUGACCACAGAUUUGAGGACCUCUCCUUGCUCCAGAGACAGAAAGCCUCUUCAGGCCGAGGACACUGUACAACUUAUUUACCCAGGAAUUAUCCGACCAGAAACUGUCUCACUUCCACAGAGUCCAAGGACUGCCUUUGGGUUACCUCUGAAAAUGGACAACUCGAUGCCAGGAUCUUGUAUAGAGGAAGGUCAGCAGUCUCCCUGCCUCAGCAGCACCCUGUCUCCUGCAGGGUCGUGGUGUAGUGAAUUAUCAAUCUAUGACUCCAAGGCUUCCCCAUAUUCAGUUGAACAACAGGUGACCUCGGUGGGUUCGUCUGAGUUACACAGCCCCGUGUUUGACCUUCAAAGCCACGCUAUUGAUGGUUUAAGUCCCAUCUCACCAAGCAGUUCAGGUCCAGCCUCCCCAUCUACAGAUCUCCUGUGCAACAUCCCUCAGCUGGAGCAGCCAGGCAAAAAGAUCUCCUCAAGUCCUGGAAACGCUAUUUCUGGUAUGUACACGUUCAUUUGUUGCAUUUUCACAAUUUAUAUGACUUGUAUACAUAGUCUAAAAAACGACAAACAAGUGUUACACUUUGACAACUAUAAGUAGAGGGCAGACAAUGUUGUACCUCCACCAUAAAAUAUUUUUUGAAUGUUCUCAAAGUGAUAACUCUUUAUAUUUCCAGACUGAUAUUAAACAUGUCCUUAGUAUAACAUAACUUGUUUAGAAGUUCAGCAUUAUGUUUAUUUGGAGUAGAUGAGCUAACAGUUGCUUUCCUUUCCUUGUGUUUAUAGGUCGCAGGGGCAGUGAGGACUCUGGCUAUGGCUGUGAGGCUGGCCAACAAACCUCAUCAAAUGAAGAUACAGGCAAGAUGACCCGCAGACUGAGGACAGCUUUUACAUGUGAACAGAUUGCUACUAUGGAGAAAACCUUCAAAAAGGGGAAAUAUCUCACCCAAUCCAGUAGAAGAAAACUGGCAAACAAGCUCCAGCUGUCUGAAAACCAGGUAAGAUACUCUCUUCUGAUGAAUCUGGGGGGUUGGAGGCAUUACAAGAAAAUUAGAUUUAACAGCAGGGCUAUUUGCGGAAUAGAGAAUUGCUGGGAAUUUCAAAGGUCGUAAAAUGUUAGACCCAAGUAGGUGAACUUGAAAGGUCGGUUAUGCUUCCAAGUUUGAUUUAAAAUUUAUUUUGAAUUCCCAACAACACACCUGAGUAAUGCGUCCUGCUUGUUUCAUUAUAAAGAUACAAAAGUCUAAUGUUUAAGAUUUACCUAAUGAAGAUGUAACAAUCCAUUGGUUUCUAUGGUGAAAGCUGUAGGUUUAGAACUUUGCCCCAGAAAUGCUUUUUAUAUAUAACUCCCAUCAUUUGUGUCAAUCCCCCUCCCCCCCAUGGACUGUUAGGAUCCAGUACACCAAUUGCAUGUUAAAUACUAUAAUUAUGAAAACAAAAUUGAACUGAGAAAUAACCAAAUUUAUUUAUUUUUCCCAUUAGAUCAAAACCUGGUUUCAGAACCGCAGAAUGAAACAGAAACGUGAAACUCAAGAUGUCAGGCACAGCUCAAUUUAUGCUGCCAACCUGUUUGGCCUACCUGGUUACCAUCUUCAACAGCCUGGACCUCUCUAUGCCCAGCCUAUACACAAUGGACCUCAACCGAUGGCCUACUCUCAGCCACAAUUAAACUCUAUGACCGGAACCUACCCCUACACCCUUCCUGCCUCAAACCCUUACAAUCCAUUAAAUGCUACAGUCCGUCCAAUGAUGUAUCCACCACAGCAACCUGCAAUGUACCCUCCUGGAUACCAUGACGAGAGGUCAUACCCAAAACUUCAACCCCAUAUGUACCCACCAGUGUACCAUGGGGAGAGGCCAUAUUUUUAG